AACACUAUUACAAAUGAGUGAGUAGCUCGUUAGCCUAAAGAUCAGCUUCCGGGGAGUAAUUAAAUUCUUGCGUAAGUCAUCUGGCUUUAACUGAUCUUUCAAGAUUCAACUUUGAUUAGAAACAAACAAGAAGAAGAUCUGAUCCUAUUCACUCUUUUAACCCACCAAGUCAAAACUCAUUACAAUAUAUCUUCUCACAUAUACGCACAAAAUAAACGCACGAAACCAACAGGUCAUUAACUCUUUGGUAGUUGCGCCUUGACAACACAACAGAACAGUCAUGGCCACAGCUUCAACCGCUUCUGACCCUUCUUGGUUUUCUCCCAAAAGGUUACUUGUGAUAUUUUGUGUGAUUAAUUUGAUAAACUACGUAGAUCGUGGCGCAAUUGCCAGUAACGGAGUGAAUGGGAGUCAAAGGAUUUGCGAAACAGGCGGUACUUGUUCUUCUGGUAGUGGAAUUCAAGGUGAUUUUAACUUGAACAACUUUGAAGAUGGUGUUAUAUCAUCUGCAUUCAUGGUUGGGCUUCUUCUAGCAUCCCCCAUAUUUGCAUCCUUGGCACACAGGGUUAAUCCUUUUAGGUUGAUCGGGGUUGGAUUGACAGUCUGGACUGUUGCUGUUGUGGGCUGUGGCAUUUCUUUUAAUUUCUGGUCUAUUGCUGUCUGCCGCAUGUUAGUGGGUGUUGGUGAGGCGUCUUUUAUAAGUCUUGCAGCUCCAUUUAUUGAUGAUCACGCCCCAGUCCAUCAGAAAACGGCUUGGCUUGGUAUUUUCUACAUGUGCAUACCAUCUGGAAUUGCACUUGGUUAUGUGUAUGGUGGUCUGGUUGGAACGUAUAUUAGUUGGCGUUUUGCAUUUUGGGGGGAGGCACUUUUAAUGCUUCCAUUUGCUAUUUUAGGUUUUGUAAUGAAACCAUUGCAGAUGAAAGGUUUCUCAGCUUCUGGCUUGAGUAAAAAGUUUGGAUCCUUAGAAAACAAUGUACCUGAAGUUGAAGCAGGUUUUCCAAAUGGCUCACAUUCUCCAAGCGAGGAUUAUAAACCUUCAAGUUUAAAAGAUGAAAGUGCUAUCACGGCUCAGUUGUCGAGAUUUCUGAAAGAUAUGAAAGUGCUUUUGGCCGACAAGGUUUAUGUUGUCAAUGUUCUAGGUUACAUAGCUUACAAUUUUGUCAUAGGGGCAUACUCAUAUUGGGGUCCAAAGGCUGGGUAUAACAUCUAUAAUAUGAACAAUGCUGAUAUAGUUUUUGGAGGAGUCACAAUUGUAUGUGGCAUAGUUGGAACACUAGCUGGAGGUUUUAUCUUGGAUCUUAUGACGGCCACAAUAUCCAAUGCUUUUAAGCUUCUUUCAGUGGCAACAUUUUUUGGGGCAAUAUUUUGCUUCGUUGCCUUUUGUUUUAAAAGCUUGUAUGGCUUUCUUGCUUUCUUUGCAAUCGGGGAACUUCUAGUAUUUGCUACUCAGGGCCCUGUGAACUAUGUAUGUCUCCACACUGUUAAACCAAGUGUAAGACCAUUAGCUAUGGCCAUGUCUACCGUCUCGAUUCAUAUUUUUGGGGAUGUGCCUUCUUCUCCCCUCGUUGGUGUAGUCCAGGAUUAUCUGAAUGACUGGAGGAAAACUUCUCUGAUCCUAACCUCUAUUUUCUUUUUGGCGUCUGCAAUUUGGUUCAUAGGAAUAUUCCUUCAUAGUGUGGACAGAUUUAAUGAAGACAGUGAGCAUUCAGUCAAUGGAAGUGGCGCUUCAAGCUCUAUUCCUUUGCUUAAAGAAGAUGCAAUAGAAACAGCAGAACCUACGGCCGAGCUAUAGUUUUAAAUGUAAUUUCCACGUCUCGAGAUGUUGAUAAUAUGUAGUAUGCCUGUACAUAAUGACUCAAUUCUUAAGAUGGUCUUCAUUUUUACUCCUGUUCUUAAGAAUCGAGAUGUAGACGUUGAUUCAUGUAGUUGGGAUGAAACAUGUACACACUUAUCAAAUCGUAAACCGUAUAGAAGCAUUAGAGAAAAUGUUGUAUUAUGCAAAA